UAAACCAACUUGUCUUGUGUUUCUGCCUCUUCCUUCACUUCUUUUAUAUACGAGUGAACAAAGUGAACUAAAGAACUCACAGACCUUUUAUAUGGUUAUUUUUUUGUUUCACGAUGUCCAAACCGCAAAAAUAUUUCUUUUCCCUCACAUUUUGCCGCCUCCUCCAUUAAUUCCCUCUCUUUCUCUCUGCUAAGCUUUUCAUUAACUCAAAAUGAACCAGAUAGCAAAACCCAGUUGGUCAUUUUAGCCAUAAACAAACUAUCACCAUGUACCUAAGCACCAAACUUUGUCAACACUACUUUCUCUUUCUUCAGAACUUGCAUAACACUAAAAGAUCUAUCUUUACCUUUCUCUCUUGCUUACCCACAUCCUUGCUUGCUCUUAUUCUGCUACUCCUUUUGGUGUACAAUGGCUCCUCUGUUUUCUACAUUCAUCUACCCCUUCCCGCCAAAUAUCCAACGGGAUCUCCCAAUUUGACGCCGGCGGGAAAAUCUCUCAAAAAGCUUUCUUCUUCAGUGUUGUAUGCAGUUAAAGAAGAAAACCCAUCCAUAAUUUCAAAGACCCAUUUGCCUCUUUUGCAAAAACAAGCUGUUUCAAUGAUACCCAUUAAUAAUUCUUUGGGCUUAAGGCCAAAAAAAGUUCACAAGCACAGAGCUUUGAUUCGGGUACUGCGUCAGGGAGCCAAAUCAAAGCAGUACUGUUCAACAAGAAUAAGGACCUUCUUUGAGAGUUCUGUUUGUAAGGUUCGGUUCUUUAUGACUUGGAUUUCUUCUUUAGAGUCAUUUGGUGAUAGAGAGUUAUUUGGUGUAGAGAGUUUGUUCAAAUUUCACCCAAAUGCUUGUUUGGUUAUUGUUUCCAGUUCUAUGGAUUCGAAAAGAGGUAGUCUUGUUUUAAAGCCUUUUUUGGAUAAGGGAUUUAAAGUGAAUGCAAUUAGGCCUGAUUUUGAUGAUAUAUUGAAGAACACUCGUGCAGAGUCAUGGUUUCAUGAAUUAAAGAAAGGAAAAGUUAAGCCUGGAGAUGUUUCUAUAGGUCAAAACCUCUCUAAUUUGCUUAGGCUUGUUUUAUUGUACAAAUUUGGUGGCAUUUAUUUAGACACUGAUUUUGUAGUGUUGAAAAGUUUGAAUAAAUUGAGAAAUUGUAUAGGAGCUCAAAAUAUUGAUAUUGGAACUGGUAAUUGGAGCAGAUUGAAUAAUGCAGUUUUGAUUUUUGAUAAGAAACACCCUUUAGUAUUCAAGUUCAUAGAAGAAUUUGCUCUAACUUUUGAUGGAAACAAGUGGGGCCAUAAUGGUCCUUAUCUAGUUUCUAGAGUAGUUUCAAGAGUAGAUGGGAGGCCUGGUUUUAAUUUUACUGUCUUGCCUCCAUCUGCAUUUUAUCCAGUCAAUUGGAGUAAGAUUAGAACCUUAUUUAGAGCGCCUAGAGAUGAGCUGCAUUGGAAAUGGUUGCGCAGAAAGCUUGGGCAGAUAAGAAAGGAAAGUUUAGCCGUCCAUUUGUGGAACAAGCAGAGUAGACAAAUCAAAGUUGAAAAUGGAAGCAUCAUCAAUCAUUUAAUGCUGGAUUCUUGCAUCUUCUGUAAUUCUUCAAGCUUCAAUCUAUUAAAUAACAGUAAAAUAUGACAAUUGCCAACAACCCUUUUGUGUUUCUGUACUGUUUCUGCUUUUCUGUACAUUUCAUUUCUGUGUUCUGAUAUGGUUAUGGACAAACUUAGUCAUAGUGUUAGCAAAGAAAGAAAAGGAGAAUCCUUUUCUUUAAUAGAUUCCUCCCCUCCCAUUUUUUGGGUCGUUUCUUCUAAUUUUCUCCCUAGUUUCAAGAUCAGUAAAAUGCAAAAGAAUGGUUUA